CAAUGAAAACCGGUCUUCAUUCUUAACCCACAACAAGUCAGCGACGCGCGUGUUAAACUUUAAAACAACAGUGUUUACUCAACUUGAAUAUUUAUUGCUGAUAAAAACAUUACUUUGGUUGGUUUGUGCGCCAGAUUCGUCUAUUUGGAUGACUGUGAGCGUCACCCCCAUGGGCUACAAGUGGCUGGUGCUGUGGUCCCUGUGGGCGGCGCGGCUGGUGCGGCAGCCGACGACGCCGGUGCUCGUCGGCUCCGGCUGGCUGCGCGGCUCGGUAGCUAACGAUGGCUCCCAUGAAGUAUACUAUGGAAUACCCUAUGCUACUGUCAGGGAGAGAUUUCAGGGCCCAGGACCAGCUCCGAUUUGGGAAGACACUUUCGAAGCGGUCAACGAACACAUUCGAUGCGCUCAAAGAUUUACAAAAGACUCAGUCAAAGGCACGGAGGACUGUCUCACCAUAAACGUUUACACUCCUCUACAAAAACCUGAUAAACUCUACCCUGUCAUGGUAUUCAUCCAUGGCGGUGGAUUCAGAGACGGAUCUGGUUCACCUUUCAUCUACGGAGCAGAAUAUUUGAUUGAACAUGAAGUUGUUGUUGUAAGUUUUAACUAUAGACUUGAAGUACUUGGUUUCCUAUGCUUAGGUAUUAAAGAAGCACCAGGAAAUGUCGGAUUGAAAGACCAGGUUGAAGCUCUUAAAUGGGUUAAGAGAAAUAUCAAAGCCUUUGGCGGAGAUCCUGAUAAUAUAACGAUUUUCGGAGAGAGUGCUGGCUCGGCGUCUGUUAUGUAUCAUAUAGUAUCGCCAAUGUCUAAAGGCUUAUUCCAUAGAGCUAUUUUACAAAGUGGAUCUGCUAUUUCUUAUUGGAGCUUGCAAAUGGAUCCUUUGAAAAUAGCUAGUCAACUUGCAGAACAAAUAGGAUACAAAACGGUUGAUCCUUAUGAAUUAUACAAUAUAUUUAAAGAUCUGCCAGCAGAAAAAUUACUUAAGGCUCGUGUACCUAGAACAAAAGGAAACAUGUUAAUAUCUGAAAACAUUUUUGUGCCGUGUGUUGAGAAAAAAAUUGAUGGUAUCGAACAGUUCUUGCCUGAUACUCCGUACAAUUUGGUUGUUAAUGGUCAGUAUUAUAAAGUUCCUGUGAUUAUAGGUCAUAAUAACGCUGAAGGGUAUAUGUUUACUGCAAGAGAGAACGAGACAAUGGUUGCAAACAUGAAUAUUUAUGACGCCUUGCCAAGAGACUUGAUGUUUACAACUGAGGAAGUUAAAGUCGCUACUGUUCAAAGAUUCAAAGAUUAUUAUUUAGGUGUUAAUGAGCUUACAAAAGAGACGUUACCAAAAUUCUCAUUCUUCCAAGGUGAUGCCAGUGUUAGUUACCCAUCAAUAUUUACGACAGAUCUCUUGCUGAAGAGUUCUGGUAAACCAGUGUAUUCAUACAAGUUUUCGUAUGAUGGGUGGAUGAAUGUAGUUAAGUUUUUGUACGGAUUCCGCUCGGCGCCAGGAGCGACUCAUGCUGAUGAGCUGUUUUAUAUGUUCAAACUGAAACUGCCACUAGUCACUGCCUUUAUCGAGAAGAGAAUAAUCAAGCAGAUGACUACGAUGUGGACAAACUUUGCAAAAUACAGUGACCCAACCCCAGAAAUAACACCACUGCUGCCCAUGAAAUGGGAGGCUGCAAGGAAUAGAGAUCCUAAACUCUUCGUCAUAGACAAGAAGUUCUCGAUAGAACCUCUUUGGUACUCAGAAGUUAUGGUAUUUUGGAAUGAAACCUACACGAAGUACAGAAGAAAAACGUAACGCGAACUUGCCUUUUGUAAAUAUGGUUACAAUGUAUCUUGUCCAUAGAAAGACUGAAUUUAUAAUUUUCAACACAAAUAAAAUCAUGUUAUAAAGUUA